AUGAAUGGUCUUUUACAUCUUGAACCAGAUUGCUCUGAGUUUGUUGAAGUUGAUCCAACUGGGAGAUAUGGCAGAUAUAGUGAAAUACUUGGAAAAGGAGCUUCAAAGAUAGUUUACAGAGCAUAUGAUGAGUAUGAAGGAAUUGAAGUUGCUUGGAAUCAAGUCAAACUCUAUGAUUUCUUGCAGAGCCCUGAAGAUCUUGAAAGACUUUACUGUGAGAUUCAUCUCCUUAAGACAUUGAAGCACAAGAACAUUAUGAAGUUUUAUACUUCGUGGGUUGAUACUGCCAAUAGGAACAUUAACUUUGUCACUGAAAUGUUCACUUCUGGAACUUUAAGACAGUAUAGGCUAAAGCACAAGAGAGUCAACAUUAGAGCAGUGAAGCGUUGGUGUAGGCAGAUCUUGAGAGGACUUCUCUAUCUCCAUAGCCAUGACCCCCCAGUGAUUCAUAGAGAUCUAAAGUGUGACAAUAUUUUUGUCAAUGGGAACCAAGGAGAAGUUAAGAUUGGUGAUCUCGGCCUCGCUGCAAUCCUCCGGAAAUCUCAUGCUGCUCACUGUGUUGGGACACCAGAGUUUAUGGCUCCAGAAGUGUAUGAAGAAGCCUACAAUGAAUUAGUUGACAUUUAUUCAUUUGGGAUGUGCAUCUUAGAAAUGGUUACUUUUGAAUAUCCAUAUAGUGAAUGCACUCAUCCUGCUCAAAUCUACAAGAAAGUUAUCUCUGGUAGAAAACCAGAUGCUUUGUAUAAAGUUAAGGAUCCAGAAGUACGAAGAUUUGUUGAGAAAUGUCUGGCAACUGUGUCUUUGAGGCUCUCUGCAAGAGAGUUGUUAAAUGAUUCUUUUCUCCAGAUUGAUGAUUGUGAAUCUGAUUUGAGACCUCUAGAAUAUGGGAGAGAACUUGAUGAAAUGGGUCUUCUCAUAAGGCAACCGUAUCUGGAACUUCAUCACAGUAGUAAUUCUUAUAGUAAUGGAUACUCAAAUGGUUAUACUUAUGAGACCCCAAAUGAAUGGGGGUAUCAUCCUGCUGAAAUUGAAUCAAGUGGUAUUGAGCUUUUUGAAUAUCACGAGGAUGAACAUGCUGCAAAUGUUGACAUAAGUAUCAAAGGGAAGAGGGGAGACGACGGUGGUAUCUUUUUGAGACUCCGAAUUGCAGAUAAAGAAGGUCGUAUCAGAAAUAUAUAUUUCCCUUUUGACAUUGAAACUGAUACAGCAUUGAGUGUGGCUACUGAAAUGGUUGCGGAAUUGGAUAUCACUGACCAAGAUGUGACUAAAAUAGCAGAUAUGAUUGAUGGGGAAAUUACCUCCUUAGUACCUGACUGGAGGCCUGGGCCAGGAAUUGAGGAAACACCCCGCUUUGCAAAUCAAAACUUUUGUCACAAUUGUGCUUCCAACCGUACAUCUACUGGUUCGCUCUUGGAAUAUUUGACACAUAAUGCAGGUGUCAAAGACUUGCAACUUCUUCAAUGUUGUAGAAAUGGAUGUGCUUCAAUGCAUGGCCGGUUUGAAGAGAUCACUUUUCAGGUUGAGGAAUCUGAGCAUUAUGUGACAGAUGGUGCACCAAAUGAGUCAAGCCAAUCAGACAAUUUACAUUACCAGGAAAUAUGGGAUCAGCAUGAAAGCCAUGAACUUAGUCCGGUGGGCUCUAGACAGAGCCGUUCUGAUGAGGAGUAUGAAAAAUCAGAUCAAUCCUUCUCGGCAAAGGAUGAGAAAGAAGUGAAAGCAGAAAAUAAAGUGGCAUCUAGCACAAGAAAUUCAAUACAAUGCCUGACGGGUUCUCAUUCUUUCUCCACAGUUCAUUCAUUAUAUUGUGAUCUCUCAGACAAUUACGACAAUGAAGUCCAGCAGGAGCUGAGAUGGCUUAAGGCAAAUUACCAGAUGAAAUUAAGAGAACUUAGAGAUCAACAAUUAGGACUUGUAUCAGACUCUUCAACUUGUGGUAACAGAGAUAAGAAAAGAGGUGAUGAGGUUUCAUCAUUACCAACUUUUAGUAAGUCAGAAAGAGACCAAGGACAUGAACUUAAAUUGUCUGCCCAUGACAAGCAUUUUAACUCCGAUUUCCAUGACUUUAAGAAUAAGAGCUGCCCCAAUUCGAAGACCCAAAGGGCCCGGUAUUGCGAGGCGAUGGAGUCUCCAAAAGUAGAAGACAUGGUCACUGCUCAGAGUUGCUUCACUGGGUCACUGCUUCCACACUCUCUUCACAGGACAACAUCCCUUCCAGUUGAUGCUGUUGAUACAUAGAUGUAUAAGGCUCUACAUUCUUUUGAACUUUCUGUACACUUUAUAGAGGCUGUACAAUAUGAUAUCCACCCUUUUUUGGUCGAGCAAUGUCUAUUUCACCUUCAAUAUUAAUCUUCCCUUUCCUA